UAUUUUGUUGUUACAUGGAGUUUUGCCAGUUGGAAAUUUGUCGCCACCCGGAAAAGUUUUUAGGGAGAUAUGUACGUAUAUAUUUUGCGUAUUGUCAUUUUGUCAUUUGGAUAACAUUGUAAUGCAGUUGGACUGGAAUAGUUUUUUUACAGUUCGAGAGCUGGAAAAGCUGCAGAGCAAUUUCCACUUUACACUCUUGGCCAUGUGGGUUAAUUAGCACUGGCUUUUCCACAGCUAAAGGGAAAUCACUUGGCAGUUAUGUACGUUUGAAUCUGCAACAUUACGGGGCCUUUGAGUUUCCGCCUUGGCAGCUACAUAUACAUACAUGUGUGUAUGUAGAGUUCCGAUUAACCCCGGCUUGAAAACUACAGUUCCGAAUUAACCCGGGCUUAAUGAGGCCGCAGAUGCAGAGUUGGCCAAAAGAAAUCGCUGAUGUAAUGCCACGCACAUUUGCAACAAGGCAAUGCCCCUACCACAGGCUAACUGCCCAUUGUGUGUAAAUUUGUUACCAUUUUUUUUUUCUGUUUUUCGUUGUAUAUCUUUUUUUCUGCGCUACCUCGUAUUGCACAUAAAGGUAAUUUCUAAUUUGCUGGUGUUUUAUUGUUUAUUGUUUUUCUGCCGGCUCAUUUUAUGGCGCCGACUUAUGCAACACCUCUAAGGCAGCGACGCAUGCGCUCGAAUUACACACAUGGACAUGGACACUAAACGCAGGGUUUUGCCUCCAUAUCGACCAUAAAAGCAUAACGGCUUUCAUUAAUCAUGCCGGUCACGUCUACGCAAGAAAAAAAAAAAGAACUGAAAACUUACACUAAUACAAAAUGUCUAGGAGCGCGAGAAUGUGCUCUAGUAAACGGGGAACUAAUUGUGAAUAAUUAAUGAGGUUUGGAGACCAAACACAGCAAACACAGUAAACCUUGAAAACACCGAAAAUCUGAUUUCUUACGAAAUUAUUCUAUUUCGGGAAAUUAAGUGGUUUCCCAAUGCCAUGCUUAAUUGAAGAUUAAAGGUCUGAGAAGAACUUUCAGAAUACUUAAUAAGCAUAAACAAGUGAGCUGAAAAAUCCAACUCGUACUACAAAUAAGUUUGUGUUAGUCUUAAAAGGAGUUAUACUUUUUUUUUACUUUUAAGAGGGAUUUUUUUGUAUAUGUUCCUUCAAACUCUAUCUUAAACUUGUCUUGGACCUAGAUUUUUCGCUAACUGCACCGAUGCAAGGGGGCAACCUCGUGUGGCAGCAAAAGAACAGUAGCAUCGACAACCGUUGCCAAUUAGCGGCAACAUGCAAAGCGCAUUUGCAUUCGCAUUGAACCUGCAGCUCUCUAUUUUGCGAUUCUGCCUGCUGGCGAUGACACCGGAGCAUCGAUGGCACCAACAGCCGAGCCGGAAAACGUAAUCAGUUCAAGUCGCGGCGCGGGAUUAGGUUCAGCUAUAGAAGGGCCAGGUAUAUGCAUCCUAAUUGAGCACUUCACCUAUAAUGCGCAGCAAUAAAUUCAGGAUUUUUGCAUACCUGGAAAAUCGGGGGAAACUCGAGGAAGCUCACAUCUAAUCAUAUACCUGUGGGGGUUUAAAAGUCGCCCGCACACGCACUGAUUGCAUCAUUUGGCCUCAAACCAGUGACGAGAACGUUUCGAUUUGCAUAUAAGAUACCGCGUAGAGAAUGUCAGACUAUUCCAGCAGCAACUACAGUGGCAACUCCUCCCAGAGGACGGAGAAAUCCGUGAGCUAUGCCCUCUACCUCCACCGAAGGGAGUUGGGCCGUCCCAAGCGCAAGAUGAUGCGAAUCGCCAGCACCAAGCUGCAGCUGACAAACGAGCUCAUCCAGCUGCAGCAGCGUCGCCAAUGGGAGACGGCCUUUGACCUCGAGUUCGACGCGGAGGCCAGUUCCCAGCAGAUGAGGGCCCUCGAUAGGGAACGGGAGUAUCGGGAUAGAUUGCGCACCAAUAUGCAGCGGCAACUCGAGAAGCAGCAGAAACGCAAGCGAAAGUAUCUACAGGAAAUCGGCAAGCGCUAGUACAGCCAACUACCAGCAUGAUGCGGAAGGCAAUUAUUAAUAUAUUAAUUAAUUAAUUGAGCACCUUAUUAAGUAACUUAAAGAGCAUGAUAACUCAUAUGGACAAACUAGAAAAUCAAGAUUUUCAAGCUAUAGGUUUAAUCUUUCUGACCAUUUAGAAUACUCCUAUCUACACUCAGGAAAGCAGGAACAUAAAACCAGGAACUCAGUAAAAGAUUUUGUGAUAUAAAGAGACAGCCUUUAACAUCCCUUUACAAAUAUUAUUUAGUUUUACGGCAUUACGAGUGCAUCACCUUAUAUGAAUUAUUAUAUAAAUCUAGCAUUAAAACAGAAGACUAUCGCUCAAUAAAACAGUUGCAUAACAAUUA